UCUGUAUAUUCUAUAUUUAGUUUACUUUAGUGUCCGUUUUAAGAAGAUGAAGAUUAAAUCAGAGCUAUAACCUCCAACUGUCAUUGAAAUCCGUUCUAUUAUUUUUGAAUUUUUGGAAAUGCUCUAUUUGGACUAAUAUGUGUUUUUCUUAUAAGACAGGUUUUUUGAAUCAAAUAUUUGAAAAGUUUAUAUAAGUUGACUCUUAAUUAAAUAAAUGGAAUCCGAUAGAAUUCUAGUUGCUGCAGGGCUUACUGCUGCUGCAGUCGUUGGCGCCUUUGUCUUUUGGGGCCCUGCCACUAAUACAAGUGGCAGAGGACGUUUGGCAGGUCUUAUAAAUUUAGGGAGAACAUGUUUUCUGAAUGCAGUUUUACAUGCUCUAGCUGCAUGUCCUCAAUUCAUUGCUUGGUUAGAAAAAAGUCGUGAUAUCAGAGAAACAAGCUUAAGAAGCACCUUAGCUACUGUUUUAUCUGUUGUAAAUGGCACUAAUAGAGCUAUUAAAGAGACUUCAGCUCCUGUCGCUGUUAUAAAUGCACUUAAAAGACUAGGUUGGGUUAUACCAGCUGGAGAACAGGAUGCACAUGAACUCUUGAAUGUUUUGUUGACUACUCUUGAUGAAGAGACCAAUAAAAAAACUAGAAAGAUUGGCUGUUUGUCUGAUGCCUUGGGAAUGAACGAAUAUGGAGAUCUAGAUGAUUACGAAGAACCAGAUGACCAGCAAGACUUCAACACUUUGGGUAGUGUUAUGUCCCUCAAUGAACUGUGUAGACCUAGUAGUCUUCAUUGGCGUGGUGGUGCCAUUAGAAGGAAUAGGUGGAUUUCAAGGUCAUGCAGAGCCAUUCAAAUGUCAGGGCCACCUCCUCAACCUACCACCCAUCCUUUUACCGGUACUUUGACCAGUCAAUUGAGAUGCACAGAAUGUGGUUUCAAAUCAAGUGUACGUUACGAUAAAUUCGAGAGUUUAUCCCUUGCUCUGCCGUCUGGGUCUGGUGAUUUGGGUUGGGGAAGACAUAAACUGCACCAGCUCCUCACUAAUUUUGUAACGCCCGAAGUAAUCGCAGAUGUGAUGUGUGAAGGUUGCAACAUGGACAGAGAUCCAAGUAGGCCUGUAUUGUCGAAGCAAAUAAAAAUACUCAAUUUUGGAAAGCUACCAGUUUGUUUAUGCAUUCAUAUAUCAAGAAAUGUAUGGUCUUCAAGUGGUAUGUCAAAGCGACAGGACUAUGUGCAAUUUCCUAUGAGACUGUCAUUAGCGGCCUAUACUUUUAUACAUUCCCAAUAUCAACGAAAACUGACUAACUCUGUUUAUACAAGUACAAGUGAAGGUGGAAGUCCUCUUUCUAGCAGUGUACCUAUGUCCUGGGGGGCAGGAUCACUCAGUGACAUGAAUGAGUUCAAAAAUGUUUAUCAGUUGGCAGCAGUGGUUGUACACACAGGCGAUGCUUAUAGCGGACAUUUUAUAACUUACAGAAGAGGAUAUCACAACACAAAAUGGUACUAUACCUCAGAUGUUGAAAUCAGAGAAGUAACUGUGGAUGAAGUUCUACAGAGUGUGGCCUAUAUGCUCUUUUACGAAAAAACAACAUCUAUGGGUGUAUUUUGAUGUGUGGAUAUUCUAUUCAAUUGAUAAUUUGAAAAAAUUCACUCUGCAUGUUUGUUCCUAAGAAAGUAUUGCUUGUUGUGACUGUUGUAGCGAAAAACAGAAAAAACGCUGACAUUAAAAUGUAUCUGAAAUGAGGUACAAUUUGAAAUAUUUGUGUAUUUAUCUAUGAAUGAAGACAUUCCAGGUUUAACUCAUGUUGUGAAUUUGUCAGGAAGGUUUUUUUUUAUGUUGAUACUGUGAUAGGGAUUAUAAUUAAAUAGAUCUAGAAUUUUUUUA